AUGGCAUGUAAACGACUCGAGGUUCUGCAAGUGGGCUUCGCCAAAGCUGCUGCGUCCGAAUGGAACGAAACGUUGGCGUCUCUGGAUAAGAAGUAUCAAAGUACAUCGGGGGGAAUCCGAUACGGCUGGACGGCCAGCCGCGGGCAUCGGGCAUAUUGGAUACUGUUCGGGCUGCAAACGCCAUGGGAUUCACUGCCGCCAGAGUUCAAGACCCAGCCGUAUGGACCUCAUUACCAAACGGAGGAAGUGCGCCGACUCGGGAUGGGUCCCCUCCUGAGUGACCUUACGCGCAAGAUGCAGGCGAAGGCGGAGAACGGCUCGCGAGACCCGCUGAAGAUCCUGAUACAUAGCACGCACGACACCUGUCUGGCUGCGCUAUGCAGCACGCUUGACGUGUUCGAUAACCGGUGGCCGGCAUUCUCGUCCGCCUUUACAUUCGAACUAUUCCGCAGACGAACGGGGCCGGAGGCUCCGCGGAGUCAAUAUGGCAGGGCGUCUUCGCCCCGUUCCGACAACAACGCCCGGACACUUCUUCGGAACAUUGUGCAUGUCCGGAUGCGUUAUCAAAAUCGUAACCUGACGUUGUCUGUGUGCGCGGAGGAGGGCAAGCACCUACCCGGCUCGCCCGAGUUUUGCACGCUGGCGGCGUUCCGGGAACGAAUCAGGGAACUUACCCCGGUGGACUGGGAUGCAGAGUGUGCGCCUACGGCUCACCGCGGUAAGCAUGAGGGCUAA